AUGGACCAAUCUAGACUUUUGGCUUCAGAAAGCCGCAAGCCGUCACCUUCGAAUCAGCAUUCAAAGCUAGAUCAUCUUGGAUUCCUCGAGGUUACACCUGGAAAUGAUCCUACAGUCGAUAUUGUCGCUAUUCAUGGCCUGCAAGGACAUAGAGAGAAGACGUGGACGACGGACAAGGGAGUGUGUUGGCUACGUGACUUCUUGCCUUCCGACUUGCCCAAUGCCCGAAUCCUCAGCUAUGGAUACGAUGCCGAUACCCGCAGUCAGGAAUGCGUAUCAACUCAGACUAUUGCUCGACAUGCUCAAGGGCUCGCUAAUGCACUCUCACGGAUACGGAACGACGCUCCUCGUCGCCCCAUCGUCUUCAUUGCGCACGACAUCGGAGGUAUCAUUCUCAAAUCGGCCCUGGUCAUCUGUCAUAAUCAGAACCUGGAAUCCAGUGGUGAACUUCGGAACACUCUAGUAUCAACACAUGGGAUUUUAUUCUUUGGAACCCCACACUCCGGUCUCGAAGGCAGUAGUUUCCGGGAAGUAAUCAAUCGCUGGGCAUCCGUGUACAUGGAGACGACAGACGUGAUCCUGAAAGACCUUCGAGAACACUCGAGCGAGCUUGAGAAUACACAGCGUCUGUAUGUCGCGGCAAGCGAGAAGUUCAGCAGCAUAUUCUUCUGCGAAGAGUAUGCAACAUCUGGCAUCAAGAAUCAAGGUGAAAUAAACGUCCCACAUCAUUCGGCCAUUGUUCCCGGUGACCGCAACGCGAGGACAAUCGUUCUUCACGCGAAUCAUCGCAAUCUGGUCCGAUUCUCAUCCAGGGAGAGUGAUGACUAUAAGACGGUCCAUUUCUAUCUUAAAGCCUACGUCGACAGUGCGCCGGCGACAGUGAGCAAGCAAUGGGUCAAAGAGAACGAACUUCGCAAUACAGCAAAGGGAGAAUCCGAAGAGGCCAUGAUGCCGAAACCGCGUCCACCUCUGUCAAGAAGUUACAUCGAAAGAAAAGAAAUUGAGUCCCUCAUUACGAAGAAGCUGCUUCCAGAGAGUCGCGGAAAGCAUCAACCACGGUGUAUACUAUAUGGACUUGGAGGGGCGGGCAAGACUCAGCUCGCAACGAACUGGAUUCAGGAGCACGAAGCCAAGUUUACUCGAGUGAUCAUGGUCGAUGCCUCCAGCCAAUCACAGUUGGAGGCGGAUUUGGAACUGUCAAUUCGCUCCUUAGGCCAGGGGUAUAGCAAGAUGACGUGGAAGGAUGCAUUCGCGUAUCUCGACGGAAAGGAGAAAGGCUGGUUACUAUACAUCGACAACGCCGACUCGCCAGAACUCGACCUUUUUCCAUAUCUCCCCCGUUCUAUUCACGGGGCAACUCUGAUUACCACAAGGAACAGCGGGUGCGUCAAAUACGCUCCCGACGAUGCGGUUCAUGUCGGUGGUCUCGAGGAGAGCGAGGCGGUGAAUCUUCUGCAUACAAUCGCCAACAUCACCCCUACCUCGGACGUCGAAUCUCUGGAGAUUGUUCGCGAGCUAGGGAUGCUGGCGCUUGCCAUUACGCAAGCCGGAGCGUAUAUUCGCAAGACGCGCAGCCUCCAUACGUACCUCGAAACAUUUCAUCAGUAUCGAGAUCGACUCCUACGCAAACAGCCCGACAUUGGCACGGAGUACGCUUUCUCCACAUAUACCGCAUUCGACCUAUCCUUUAACGAGCUACCGGCAAAUACACAAGACUUCCUGAAGCUUUGCGCAUUUCUUCACCACUCAUUGAUUCCAAAGGACCUGUUUAAGCAAUCAAUAAGCUCUGGCUUUACCACAUACACAGUCAGGGACAGUCUCCCCCCUCCAGAGAGUGACAAGACUUUCAUCUCGAACCUGCGGUUCUUGGGCUCCAAGUGGGAUGAGAUUACAUUCCAGGAGAUUGUGGACUCGGCGUCGCAAGCGUCAUUUAUCGACGUUUCGACCGACGGGUCAUUCUACACAGUUCACCCUCUACUUCAGAUGUACAUCAAGGAUCGUCUGGGUGAAGAAGAGAAUCGACGCUAUAUGCACACGACAGCACAACUGUUACUGGGUGCCAUCCGGCCUGUUGAGGAUAGCAAUGAGUGGUUCUGGCAGCUGCUCCCUCACGUCGACAGCAUCCCUCGGUCGGUGCAGUCAGAGAGCGUGGCACGCGGAUUGGCGUUCCACGAACUUUAUUACUCUUUGGGGAACUGGAAGGCAUGCCAAAAGCUGUUGGAAGCCGCACUUCCACGAUGUGAUUCGGCGGAAGGCAAACGGGACGAAGACUCACUAUUUCUGAUGUGGAAACUUGCCGGUUUGCUGCGGAAGGAUGGUCAGUUAGACAAGGCCGAGAAGAUGCAGCGUGAGGUACUCGACUUGCAGCUCGAGAUCCUUGGACCACGCCACCCAGACACCAUUAAGGCAAUGGGCAACCUCGCUUCUACACUGUCUGACCGUGGUCGGUUGGACGAGGCUGAGAAGAUGGAGCGUGAGGUACUCGACUUGCUGCUCGAGAUCCUUGGACCACGCCACCCAGACACCAUUAAGGCAAUGAACAACCUCGCUUCUACACUGUCUGACCGUGGUCGGUUGGACGAGGCCGAGAAGAUGAAGCGUGAGGUACUCGACUUGCGGCUCGAGAUACUUGGACCACGCCACCCAGACACCAUUAUGGCAAUGAACAACCUCGCUUCUACACUGUCUGACCGUGGUCGGUUGGACGAGGCUGAGAAGAUGAUGCGUGAGGUACUCGACUUGCAGCUCGAGAUACUUGGACCACGCCACCCAGACACCAUCAAGGCAAUGGGCAACCUCGCAAACACACUGUCUGACCGUGGUCGGUUGGACGAGGCCGAGAAGAUGAUGCGUGAGGUACUCGACUUGCGGCUCGAGAUACUUGGACCACGCCACCCAGACACCAUCAAGGCAAUGAACAACCUCGCUUCUACACUGUCUGACCGUGGUCGGUUGGACGAGGCCGAGAAGAUGAAGCGUGAGGUACUCGACUUGCGGCUCGAGAUACUUGGACCACGCCACCCAGACACCAUUUCGGCAAUGGGCAACCUCGCUUCUACACUGUCUGACCGUGGUCGGUUGGACGAGGCCGAGAAGAUGAAGCGUGAGGUACUCGACUUGCGGCUCGAGAUACUUGGACCACGCCACCCAGACACCAUUAUGGCAAUGGGCAACCUCGCAAACACACUGUCUGACCGUGGUCGGUUGGACGAGGCCGAGAAGAUGGAGCGUGAGGUACUCGAGUUGCGGCUCGAGAUACUUGGACCACGCCACCCAGACACCAUUAUGGCAAUGGGCAACCUCGCAAACACACUGUCUGACCGUGGUCGGUUGGACGAGGCUGAGAAGAUGGAGCGUGAGGUACUCGACUUGCGGCUCGACAUACUUGGACCCCGCCACUUGGACACCAUUUGGGCAAUGUACAAUCUCGGUUUCACACUGUUCAAGUGUGCUCAGCUGCACAAUGCCCAAAAACGAAAACCUCCGGUGACGCUAAAGAUCUUUGCAAGAGGUCAUCUGGCUACCUCCUCCAGUCCUUCCGAAAUGUUUGGCAAGUCUGAUUGGCUUCAGGAGGCCAGAAACCUCCUGCAAGAGGUCGUGAAUCUAUGCGUUGAGGUAUUGGGCGAAGAUCAUCCCAAUACUUUGAAAUCCAAGAUGUUUCUCGAGCGUAUCAUUUCCAAGCAAUCUCGUGAGCCUCGUAGGCGUGCAUCCCGAUUCCUUUUCUUUUUAUCAUAA